UUCGCCCUCAGUACUUGUAGCCAUAGACAUGUAUAUGAUGUCUAUGCCUGUAGCAGCUAGCAGCUAACAGCUAACCAGCUAUCUGGCUGAGCUAACUUCCUGUAGCACUUCUUUUCCCCUGGGCAGCAUGGAGUCCAGUGGGCUGCAGAUAAGUUUAAUCAUUUUAACUCUGUGUGGACUGGGCUGUGUGUUCACUCUGACAGCGGGUAAAGAUGGAGGAGAGCCCUCUCAGUCUCAGGAUGAAGCUAGGGGUGGAGUCUCCUCUCACUCAGAAUUUACAGACCGAGUGUUCGGGUUCUUGAGCUGCCUGGUGGCAGUGCUGCUGUACGGGAGUAACUUCGUCCCUGUUAAAACCGUGGACACUGGAGAUGGAAUGUUUUUCCAGUGGAUUUCCUGUGUUACUAUCUGGGUGGUGGGAUUUGUGGGGGACAUGGUGCUUCAGUCUUCUAAAGCUCAUCCAGCUGCCAUGCUUGGAGGGGUCAUCUGGGCCACUGGAAAUAUUACAUCAGUCCCAGUGGUGAAGUGUAUUGGGCUGGGGCUGGGGAUGCUGCUCUGGGGAGCCAGCGGACUGUUAAUUGGAUGGGCAAGUUCAAGUUUCGGUCUGUUUGGACUGGAGCCAGAGGAGAUCUCUAAGCCGGUGCUGAACUACUGCGGGGCUGGCCUCUGUUUCCUCAGUGCUGUCAUAUUCUUCUUUGUGAAAAGUGAUGUCCGUACACCAGUGUCUCCCGAUAUGACCCCAAUUCUGAUAGAAGAGAGGUCACUUUCUGACAUCCUUCGUCCCAGUGACUCGUGGGUGGACACGGUAUCACCAAAGACCAGAAGACCACUUGGCUGCAUUAUUGCUGUUCUGUCAGGGCUGAUGUUUGGCUCUGCCUUUGUGCCAAUUCUAUACAUUAAACAUCACGCUACCAGCAAUUCCAGCAUCUUUAUUGGAGCCAGCCAGAAUGUUCAAGAACCUGGAGUUUUUGUUUCAGAUCUGGACUACUGUUCUUCCCACACCACUGGCAUUUUCCUGACCAGCACAGUGUAUUUUGCCAUCUACUGCAUCGCCAUGAAGAACAGACCACGCAUUUAUCCCAGAGCCAUCCUACCAGGUUUUUUAACAGGUCUGAUGUGGGGUAUGGCCACGUACUGCUGGCUUUUGGCUAACCGGUUCCUUGGCCCGGUGGUGACCUUCCCUAUAGUUACUGCUGGUUAUGGUUUAGUGGCAGCUCUGUGGGGAAGUGUGGUCUUUAAGGAAGUCAAAGGUCUUGGGAACGGGCUGCUGUUUGGUUUGGCCUCCUGUGUGGUUCUGACCGGCUCUCUCCUCACAGCCUUCUCAAAGUUCUGACCGCCAGCUGUCUGCAGGGGGCAGCACAUCGACAAAACUGCAUCCAGACUAAACCUUGCUUCUGUCUGUGUCAGAAUAUUCUGUGUAGUGAUAUUUAUCGUUGAAUUGUUGAGUUAUUUUCUGUUCAUUUUCUCACUCUCUGUUCUGACUCACCCAUCUGAGCUAUGAAUUUAAUAAGCACAUAUAAGUCUUUGUUGCUCUGGAUUUUGCUUUCAGGCUGAUGUAUGAGUGUAAAAAUGCAGCAGGUAUGACUAAACUGGCGGCCAGUACACCAAAACUGUUUACAUAGCCCAGACACUGUAGAACAACUGGGAGCCUUCCAGCAUUCCCAGCUUUAUUCUCUCUCAGAGUUCCACUCUCGCUAAAAGGUGUAAGAAGAGUUGUUCGUGUCGAAGCAGCCUGAACCAAUUUAAUUUCAUCAAGAUCUACAUGGGGCUGGAUAAUGAUGUGAUGUUAUAAAUACCAUUAUAAAUUGCCACAGUCUGUGUUUUUGAGUAUAUCAUACUGUUACUUAAUAAACAGGUAUAAAUGUCUGAGAAUAUUGUAUUAAAGAU